AUGGCUGCUGAGUUGACUCAACCAGCGUCAAUAUCGACUAUACAACUGCAAUCGUUCGAAAAAGGCCUACGCGCACCAUCUCUUGGUGAGCAGCUAGCCACCGUAGUAUCGACUGCCAAUCUAGUUCGUGCAAACCCAUUUCCGAUGUAUGUUAAUACAAUAGUGGUCAGACUUGCCGAUGCAUUUAAGGACGGUACAAACACAUUACGAAUGACGAUCGCACGUGCUUUGUCAGAAUGUGGAUCUCAUUUGUUGCUUGUUUUCUCUGGAAGUGAAAUUUUUAAAAGAGUUUUGUCUGUAUCCCACUCCAAUGACCCAGUUGCUCGGGCUAUGACGCUACAGGUGCUGGCAAGUUUGGCACCCAUCUCGCCGGAGAACAAACAGGCGCACCAUCUCAUUGUUGAAUCGAUGUCAGCCGAGAAUGCUGGUGAAUUCGAGGCAGCAUGUCAUGCUAUGGCAGCAUUUGCUCAUCUUUCUUCGGACUUUUCGGCUAUGAUUAUUGGGCAAUUAUCUGAACUGCUAGUGACGGAACAGACAACCUAUGAUCGUAAAGUGCAGCUUGUGAAAGUGUUUUCUGGCAUGAAAGCAACAGUGGCAACAGUGAAGGAGGUCUUUUCACUCACAUCUCUACUCUUGGAAAGAUCAACCUUCAAUAACUUCGUUUGUUCACUUCUCGAUGCAACAACAACAUUGGCUGAGAACACUCGCUAUGCUAUUCCAGAGCAGCUGGAUAUACUGAUGGAAGUUGUGUCCGGGUGUCAUGGAGAUGAUCUGCCAGUCUGUGUUUCCACACUACAGAACAUUGCUAGGUUGGCCAAACAUUCACAUGCUUGGAAAGAAGAUCAUCUUAAGAAAUUAAAUCAGUUGAAAUCGAGAGUGUCGUCUACAGAAAGUUCUUAUCGGCGUUAUUUGGAUGUCCUUGUAGAGCUGACGAAGAAAGCUCGUCCUGGCUUGAUUACAGGACUCGAUGAAACUCUAAGUGAAAUUGGAAAUCUCGGUCAGAGUGACUGCAUGACAUUGCGAGUUCGCUACCUAGAAGUCAGCUGUAACAUGUUAAGUCGGGUGCCCAACCAAAGAAAGUGGCAGAUGUUAUGUGGACCAUUUCUUAGUACAACGUGUGAAGAAUUACCGAAAAAUUUAGCGAAAAAGUUUUACCGUACUCUCGGGCGAUUCCUAUGUUGUGCUGAAGUACCACCAGAACGAGUGCUAUCGCUAUUAGACAAUGUGCUGGAUAAACCCGUAACUCAUGCAAACAUCACUCUGUUGAUCGAUCUCUGCUGUCAAAUUACGAAUCGUUUGCCAUUUGUUGUUGAGAAAUUACACAAUUGGGCCAAAAUCUUAGUGCAGAAAGAGAGUAACAUCUUAAGCCCAUCUAUGGCCUACCUCCUCUUAGCGCCUUCAAUUCAAUUACCUACUGGAUUGGAUACACUAGCUAAAGGCACAGAUUAUGAUCGGUAUACGGUGGCUCGUGUAGCUUUCCGCAAUGGCCAUUGGAAGAGUGCCGCGUUUCCGAAUUUGCAAGCAAUUAACAUAAACAGGUUAUCUCUAGACAACUGUGAAUGGAUACAGUCCUUAACGGAGCUGGCAGCUAGCCAAAUCAACGAAUUCUCUGUGAGCGUCUUAUACGAACAAAACAAACACCUCUUUAGGGCUCAUGCACUUCUGAAGUCGAUGGCACAAAGCUCACAACAUGAGACGGCAUUCACGUUCCCAAGCGAAUGGGUGGCAUGCUUGCUGUACUCGUCUGAUGCAGCUCUUCAAAUCGCCAGUGCAAUUAGUCCAACAUUGAACUGGUGCAAAAAUCCUCUGUCCGAUGCCGUGGUGUUUCGAGUUAAACGAGCGUUAAUCGCAUGUGACUUCGCUAUUUCGAAAGCGUGUCAAGCAUGGUUGCGAUUAGCACGGUCUUCGUUUGGUGCUGAUGAAGAAUCCAUCGAUAUUCUGGCCCUUCAGCACAAACAAUGUGCUCUAGUACAGUACGCUGUGCAAUCAAUAACUGGACGAAUAACAGCAACACCACCACUACCGCCUAUUUCAAGUAAUACCACGGUAACACAACGAUUUUUGGAAGAACUCAGGGUAGCUUCAUGUCAAAUCGACCAGAUAGUAGCACAAGAUGAAGCAAUAACUACGCAGUCGUUGAAGCAUUUCGCUGAGGUGCUCCAGAAUCUCUAUACCUAUCCGCUAUGUAUGCCAAGAUUCUUUUUCCAACAAAUGUAUUCAACGAAUAUACAGAUGUCUGUGUCUAUCCAUUCCCAAAUUAAAGACGGAAUUACGGUGUCCGUAAUUGAUACAGUACCGAUACAAGUGGAUGGAGUAAUUUCUACUACACAUACUGUGCCAGUUCAUUCACUGAUUAUCACCGCGAAUGUGCAGUUUCCCACAACACCUGCGAACAAUUACAAUGAGACAAGGACAGUAAAACCAACACAAAACAUACAUUUUACUGCGAAUUUCUUGAUGCAAUUCAAACAGUCGUGCAACAUUGAAUUUUCUGUGGAGUUUGUUGACGGUGAACAAGGCAAGAAAUGGGUUGCCGACACAACAGCAUUUUUGAAGGUUGAUGUAAAAGAAUAA